UAAAGCAGAGGAACGGGCGGUUCACUUCAAAACAUGGCUUCCAGAAGAACGUCUUCAGCGCCAAGUAGUUUUAAAAAUACAUCCACUGAUGCAAACAGUUCAAAAUGUGCCAAUAAUGGAGUUAAAGCCAAUAACACUGCAGAUGGGAAGAAAACUGGUAAAUCCAGUGGGACUAUUGUCAAGUCUCGAUAUUUACAAUCUGCUGAGAAGGCUUCUCUCUCAAAGAGCAACUCACUGACCAAUGAGUCGACUGGGCCUUCCUCACCCAAACCCACUGCUGUAAAACCAAAGGUGGGCGCUCCAUCAAGGCGCACAAUGACCCCACAAGCAUUGGCAGAAUCAACACUGACAUGCAAAACUGAUGCAUCCUUUCUCGGUAAAAGUGUCCUGCAGUCCACUUUUUCGGAUGGUCACCAUUUUCGACCAGAUUUUGAUAUUUCAGUCAUUAAAGAUAAAACUGUGAUUGAGAAUGCAAAGGAGCCUGAAAGAACUCUAGAGAGUGAGAAGAAGAUUGUAGAAAUGCAAACAUUUCUUCUAGCCUAUCUUACAGCUAAGAUGGAGAGUAACACUGCAAAGUUCAAAGCUGACGCAGCGGCAAAGCUCCUUCAAAAUAUGGAAGAAGAACAGAGACUGCAUAGGAAGGUUAAGGAGAAAAAGCAUCAAUAUCUUCUAAUGGAGAAGAAGAAACAACUGAAUGAGCUCUUAGACUUGCAGAUUGAUACCCUGACACCCGUGGCCGAGGCAGCCAACCAGUUCACAAAGGACUACAAGAGUUUUGCUGCAGCCGUUGAUUCAACUCGUCAUGAGUUGCCUGUGAAGAAUUUCUACAUAAAUGGGGAUGGAAAAGAAUUUCUAGAAAAAGCUCAAGUUUGCCUGAAAGAAAUGGAGAUGCUGUUGCAUGACUGCACACAGGGAGACCAUCUGGACCACAGCACAUCUUUAGAGUGCCUCAGGGAAAUUAAAACAAUAUCAAAGGAUAUCAGUCAGCAGCUUUCAGGAACGUGCUCAGAGCUUUUGGAACUGUCGUCGUUGGUCUGCCGUCAAUCAGUCCAGCUUCAGCAAGCCAUCGAGGAAGAGCAACUUGGGAGUUCAAGAACCCUCCUGCUCUUCUGCCCCAAACAGUGAAGAAUACCAGACAGAAUGGGAUUCGCAUUAUAUGCACUUUGGAUAACACCUCAGUCCCUGUAUUAUUUCCCCACUUAAUUUGUGCAACUUCCUUUUGUGUCUUUUCUUAAAUGUAGUCUGAUUUUGUUGUAAUUGUAUUAUAGUUUGUCUUGUUGAGUAAUUAAUUGGUCAUGCAGUUUUACAGAUUACUUGUGUUUAGUAAACGGUGAAAUGCACAUUAAAAACUGAACUUACCCUUUCGGUUUUAUACAAAAAUAAAAUUAGUUCUCCUUUAAAUCAAA